GGUGGGGCAAAACUUGAAAGUUUUUGACUCAGAGACGAAGAGCUCGCGCUUCUGGUCUAGCGGUUUUGCUAACUCCUGUGUGUUAUUUAUUUAUUUUUUAAGAAUAAGGCCGUCUCGACAGCUGAGACAGAACUGUAGAAAACUUAUUUAAAUAUUUUCUGUUUAAAUAUUUUUGACAGGAGGCGCAGCCUUCGAGUUAUUAAUGUUUGUCUGCUGGAGUACAUGACGGAUUUUUACUACUUUUACAUCAGCAGCUCGAGUUAGGUUGGAGCAGACUUUUUGUGUUUUGGAGAAGGGCGUGUCAAGAGUUUAUCUCUUGUUUCAUAAAUGAACACGAACGUGACUCAGUAGCUGAUUUUUCUCCGCUGCAUCCUCAAACAGCUUCACAGAAACAGGUACUCUAUGCGUGGGUGUGUUCACCAGCUCUAAUGGUAGCAGUGAGAACACCUCACCUGUGAGAGGAUCUGAUCACCUCACCAUGACAGAGGCCCAGAGUCCAUGGCCUCAGGGCACAGAGUGCGUGGCCAAGUACAACUUUAAGGGCACUUCAGAGCAGGACCUGCCAUUUAACAAAGGAGACAUUUUGACCAUCAUCGUUGUCACAAAAGAUCCGAAUUGGUACCAUGCUAAAAACACUGCAGGACGUGAGGGAACAAUUCCCGCCAACUAUGUUCAGAAAAGAGAAGGCGUGAAAUCUGGAGGCAAACUGAGUUUAAUGCCAUGGUUCCAUGGGAAAAUAACUCGAGACCAGGCCGAGCAGCUGCUGAAUCCCCCUGAGACGGGCCUGUUCUUGGUGCGAGAGAGCACCAACUUCCCCGGCGACUACACUCUGUGUGUGAGCUGCGACGGAAAGGUGGAGCACUACCGCAUCAUCUACCACGACGGCAAGCUCACCAUCGACGAGGAGGUCUUUUUUGAGAAUCUCAUGCAGCUGGUGGAGCACUACACCAAAGACGCCGAUGGUCUGUGCACCAAACUUAUCAAACCAAAGCUGGAGGAGGGGACUGUGGCUGCUCAGGAUGAGUUUUCCAGGAGUGGUUGGUCGAUGAACAGGAAGGAGCUGAAGCUGCACCAGGUUAUUGGAAAAGGAGAAUUUGGAGAUGUCAUGGUGGGAGACUACAGAGGGAAGAAAGUAGCAGUGAAGUGCAUUAAACAUGAUGCUACAGCACAGGCUUUUAUUGCAGAAGCCUCUGUCAUGACGCAACUACGGCACAAUAACCUGGUCCAGCUGCUUGGAGUGAUUGUGGAGGAGAAUGGAAGUCUUUUUAUAGUUACUGAAUAUAUGGCAAAGGGCUGUUUAGUUGAUUACUUGCGCUCCAGAGGACGUACGGUACUUGGUGGAGAAGCACUCCUUAAUUUUGCUUUAGAUGUCUGUGAAGCCAUGGCGUACCUGGAGGAGAACAACUUUGUGCACCGAGAUUUAGCAGCCAGGAACGUUCUCGUGUCUGAUGACAACAUUGCUAAAGUCAGUGACUUUGGUUUGACCAAAGAAGCGUCUUCCACUCAGGACACAGCGAAACUGCCUGUGAAGUGGACUGCACCAGAGGCUCUCAGAGAAAAGAAGUUUUCCACCAAAUCGGAUGUAUGGAGCUACGGUAUUUUACUUUGGGAGAUAUACUCUUUUGGUCGAGUCCCUUAUCCAAGAAUUCCAUUGAAAGAUGUAGUGCCGCGUGUGGAGAAGGGGUACAAAAUGGACUGUCCGGACGGCUGCCCUGAAGUCGUGUAUAACAUCAUGAAACAGUGCUGGAACCUGGAUCCUGCCGCUCGACCGAGCUUCCAGAUGUUGAAGGAGUGGCUACAACAUAUUAGUCACAAAAAGUGACAUUCCUUUGUUUUCAUUAUGACUAAUUGGACCAAAGACUGUAUUAACUGUUUUAAACCACCACUUUAAAAACGUACGCUUUUUUAUUGACAUCAUUCAGAUUCUUCCUACAACAAAAACUCAUGAACCACUCACACAGGCUGAUGUUUGUGGUGUAUUCCUACAAUCUUUCAAAAACAUCAAAACCUUUCUUGAAGAACACAGGAUUGACUCAUGCUGAAGUGACUUGAUGUGUUUGCAUCGAUAUCUCUCAUCAUUUUGGUGCCAUCCUUUAAGUUUGUCGGAAAAAAAAAAAACUUCAGGUAGGAAUAUCAACUUGAUUUGUUGUGACAUGUUGUAUUAUUUUAGUAAUGUUUUUAAUUUUCAGGUACAUAUUUUUACAUUAAUGUUGAAUAAUUUUGUCUAAAGGGCUGAACUGAAGCAACAGCUUUGUGCAGUUUCAUCAUUAUUAGAUUAUAAAAAACAUGUUCUUUUUUGAUCCGUUUCACAGACAGUAAGCACCAUGGCUGUUUUAAUAAUUCCAUUUCAGACCAUUUUUGUACAUGGCAUUUUUAGAUUAAAAAUCUUGUGUUUGACAGUA